UCGCGUCCGGAGAGCUGGAUGUGGUAGCUCAUUGGUACUGAGGCUUAGAUUUGGACUGCAGUGGAGACCAGGGUCCGACCAGCCGACCUGGACUUGGCCAGCAGCCCUGUGGUCCAUCAUGGCCAACGUACUAUCCUGGCUGAGCAAGAAGAUGUUUCUCUUCAAGGUGUGUAAAUGGAUGGGACUUGCUUACUUCCAGUCGGUGGUGGGCUCCUUGCUCAACAUUCGCCAGAAGAAGCUAACCCACCAGCUGCAGGAGGAAAAGGCUUUUCGUGAAGAGAUAAAAAUUUUCCGUGGGAAAAUCGAAGACUUCAGGGCAGAGAUGUGGCAUUUCCGAGACAAGAUCCGUGCUUUCCAGGGCCAGGCCCUGGACUUUUGGGAAGAGGAGAGACCUUUCUGGGAAGAGGAGAACACCUUCUGGGAAGAGGAAAGAGCCUUCUGGGAAAUGGAAAAGUCUUUCCGGGAGGAGGAGGAAGCCUUUUGGAAAAAGUACCGUCUAUUCUGGAAGAAGGGCAAGGCCUUGUGGGGGAGAGAUCAGAACCUUCUUGAGGAGGACAGGGCUCUGUGGGAGGAAGAAAAGGCCCUGUGGGCAGAGGAGCGAGCCCUCCUGGAAGAGGAGAAGGCCCUGUGGGAAGAGAAGAAGUCCCUCUGGGAGGAACAGCACGCCCUCUGGGACGAGGAGAAGGUGUUCUGGGUGGAAGGCGGCGGCCAUGUUGCUGAGGUGCAGAUGCCCGAGAAUGGGAACCGCAAUGUGCCUGGGGGGCUGCGGCCGCCCGGCUUCUCCCGGAGCCGGGCAUGA